AUGAUGAGUCUUUUAUUUCGUUUCUUCUUUUUUCAAAUAAUUUUUGUGCAUUUUGUAACUGCGUUUUGUGGGGAUGGAGUUCGUGACGCCUUUGAAGAGGAGUGCGAUAGUGGGAAGUUUUGUCUAUCGAAUUGUUUGUGUGCAGAUGGGUAUACUCCUCUCAACAAAGACACGUCUACCAACUGUGUUCCGUCUUGUGCCAUUUCGGGAUGUAUUGAACAAAACAAUGAGACUUGUUAUACCCCAGACGAGUGUGGUUUAUGUGAUAUAACUAAAGGGUAUCGAAGUGAUUGUCAAGGCUGUUUAGACGGGUAUUUGGCACAAGGAUAUCUCAAAUGUGAAUCCUUCAACAAAACAACAGUAAAAUCAUGUAAGACUCUUCAAGCCGACGUGAACUAUCACAAUGAAGUCACUUUCGCCGAAAACACUGAGCAACAAAUAUUAACACUUAGUGGUAGUAAUGCACAGAUGAGUAUGAACACGUGCUCCAAAAGACUCUUCUUACAACAACCCUAUGCUCCAGGGUUUUGGAUUAAGUUGAGUACUUCUGUUGAUAAGUACAUUGCUGUCGAGGCGGAAGAACAUUACGACGCAGUUUCAAUCGAUUUCUUAGAUACACAAGAAAAUGCUGUUGGAGAUGACACAGUUUUUGUUAUAUCGGAUUGCCCAGACACUACAGAAAUAGGUUCUACCUCAGUCCAGAAAUGUUACGGACAAAACGACAAUGUAUCUCCAUACAUAAAAUACUCGCGAAUUGCCAUGCUCUUCCAAAAAAACGUUGAUUAUUAUAUCUUCGUCCACAAACCAUUUGGAAGCUUAUUCCUUGCUGAUGAAGUGACUAAAAUUCUAUUCACUCCAAUAGUACACCCCUGUUCAUACUUCUAUAAUACAGUCAAUUGGCCUGAAAUCGCAACAAAUGGAUUCACCGCGGUAGUCAACACGGCAUAUUCUGUGAGAUCUGGGUCCGCUUGUAUUCUAACUCAACAACUUGGGUCGUGGUAUUACUUGGAAGGUGCAGAUAGAAAUGUCUUGAUAUCAACAUGCAACUCGGAGACAGAUUACUACACAGCAAUUCACUUGGUUAAAAGACUUCAUCAAACAUCAAUUAGUGAGACAGAUGACUGUGGGUAUCCCAGUGGUGAGAAUCUGUUGGGUGUGACAUGUGAGAGGUAUGACACAUCUGGAUGCCCUGAACCAGGAAGUCACCACUCUUCCAUGAUGGUCAAAUUAUCGAAGGACUACGAUUACUUUAUUUAUGCUGCUGUUGUAUCUGAGAACAACGCUGCAUUUAAUUUGAGUAUCACAACAUUAUGUCCAUAUGAUUGUGGAGGAAAUGGGGUGUGUGACAGAGUUACUCAAACUUGUAUAUGUGAUGCAGGAUACGUCUUGUUGACAGACACGUGUUCGCAAUGUGGCAAUGGAGUGUACAACGACGGAGAAGAGUGUGAAAAGACUGACGACCCUUACGUCGACUUAAAUUGUGAUUAUACCACUUGCUCAUGUAGAGAAGGAUACUACCCAAUGGACAUUCUUGGGAAGACAUAUUGCGCUCCACCAACAUGUAACAACAAUAAAAUAGAUUCAAAUGAAGAGUGUGAUGGUGGACUUGGAUGUCAGCACUGUAUGUGUACUGAAGGAUAUGUACCGUAUGAGAAGCCAAGACUUGGCUGUCUGAGCACAUUAUGUGGGAACAAAGAGUUAGAUGACGAUGAAGAAUGUGAUGGAGGUGAUGGGUGUUAUGAGUGUGAAUGUCAAGAAGAUUGGUUCACUUGGAAAGAACUUUCAUGUCAGCGCAAGCCGAAGUAUGUCAUUGAUGUCUCGAUAGCUGUUUGUGGUGUUGGGCUUUGGAUCAUUUUAUACAUCUUCUUGAUGAUUGGGUUCUUUGCUCGAUACAACUACUUGACCGACUUGAUUCUUUAUGAACAACAAAAAGAUGAACGAUUCAUGUUAGACUCGACCAUCAUCAAAUUUAACAAAGAGAAUGCGCAGUACAUUGAUAUCAAGCAACCAAAUAAAUUGUUCCAAUUUGAUAACACCGAAAUCUUGUUUGAAGACUGUAAGAACCACGUCGAAGUGGAAACGGAAACACAAGCGACUGUGAAGAUCUAUAACAACUCAAAUGAGAUAAUGAGAGUUAUUAUGCACGGCGGAGAAUAUUCAAAGUACAUUGUCUCAUUUGACCCAGCUAUGCAAAGCAUCAGACCGGGACAAUCUGCUGAAGUGAAGUGCAAAUUGACGGUGAGUUGCACUUGUGUUUUAAAAGAGAAGAUUCCCGUCACCGUUCGCUUUGGUAAAUUCAAACAAAUCAUGCAAGAACUAGUCGAGGAGAAUCCAAACUUGUUAGAGCUUCAGUCGCACUCUUCACAAAAUUCAGAGAUGUCGCACGACUCCAAGUCGAAGAGUUCGUCACUAGCAAACUCGAGAAAUACACGGAACAAGUCAUUUGUUAAAGAGACUGACAAAUCAAAGUCCAAAUCCAAAUCACAAGAUAAGAAGAAGGUGCAACCAAAGACUCCAAACAAAUUUUAUGUGUACUUAGACUUAAAAGUUGAAUCUGCCUUGUCCACUCGACUUGAUUUGGACGAAAUCAAUUUGAUUCGACCACCAAUUGGAGCCGGCACAUUUGGAACUGUUUUCAGAGCAGAGUGGCGUGGUGUCGAUGUCGCUGUCAAACAGAUGAAGACUGAUUUAGUCAAUAUUAGUGAUCUUCUUCCUAACUUUAUGCAAGAGGCGUCUAUGAUGGAGCGUAUUCGAUGUCAAUACGUUGUCAAUUACAUUGGAAGUGUUACUACAACAGAGAUAUUAUGUUUAGUGACUGAGUAUUGUCCAUUGGGAUCUUUAAGAAAGUUCAUGAGGAAUUCCCCAACCGACAUGACUACACAUUUGAAGAUUCGGUUCUGUCAAGACAUUGCAAGAGGGAUGGAAUAUUUGCAUCAGAAUGAUAUAGUCCAUAGAGAUUUGAAGACAGACAACGUCUUGGUAGUCUCUAAGAAUCCGUACGACCCAGUCACAGCUAAAGUCACUGAUUUUGGGACAUCACGAUCAUUCAUUGAAAGUUCACAGAAACUUGGUAUUCAACAUAUUGGAACACCAAUGUACAUGGCGCCCGAAAUGACACUCCACAAAGAUGAAGUCACUGAACAAAUGACACUGAAGAGUGAUGUGUAUUCAUUCUCGAUUUGUAUGUUGGAAAUCUGGAAAGGAAAGGACUGCUAUCCACAAGACAAAUUCCCGGACGGAGAGUCCAUUUUGAAGUUCGUGGGGAAUGGAAAAAGACUCGAUAUCCCAGACGACUGUUUAUUUAAAGAAACAAUUACAAAGUGUUGGAUGCAAACACCAAGAGACCGUCCACCAUUCGAUGAAGUGUCUAUUAUGCUCAACAAAAUAUAUAAAUUGUUUAUGAUGACUAACAAAGAAGGUUCGAAUGAAAAUUCAAAGAGAAAAUCGCUCCUCCCACAGUCAGAGCAAACUACACAAAGCGUCGAUACUAAAAAUUUGAAGGAAGACACUUCCCUUUCCGACAAAUCAGAGAAGUCUAAAAGUUCAAAGACAUCAAAAUCGUCAAAGAAGUCGAACAAAUCAAUAGAAGAGAGUAAAGAAAAGAGUAAAGAAGUCAAGGAAAUGAAGGAAGUCGCAGAGAAGCCCAAUGAAGAACCACAAGAGGGGAGAAAAUCAAUUGAGUCGAAAGGUUCAAUCGACUUGAAAAAGAGUGCAAGUUCAGAGGAUACAAAUGUUUCUUCAAGCGCAUCGUCUUUACGAAUAGGUGGAGAGGGGUCUGAUUUCUAA